AUGGGCGUCGACAGGAGUGACGGCUCCGGCUCCGGCUCCUCGAAUACGGAAGCCGUCGCAUCCGCCUACGACGAGAAGACACCUCUGCUCCAACAACCCCAGAAGGGACCAUACGAAGACACCAAGAGGCGAAGGAGAUGGCUGUAUCCGGCGCGCAUAUCUGACGGAAUUGCCGCUGUUGUAGGGGUACUGGUAACCCCCUUUGUUUAUACGGGGCAGUAUCUCGUGGCCGCCUUCUACUACGAGGAAGAUGGCCACUUCUCCUUUCUAGCCCCCGUCUACAAUAUCUCGCGCACUUUCACUCGCGGACGUCGGAAAAAAGUUGCAGCGCAUGCAUCGCGAGCCUCGGCUGCCCCGGACCGUAGCGAGAAGGGAACGCGCAAGAGUCGCAGUUCGAGUGUCGCCCAACCAGUCAUGAAGCAACCUACGAGGCGGUCCCUAUCAAUAGCAUCAACCUCAACCGCCAUGACGUCUGACUCGGAAAGCGAGCGAUCUCCCACACGCGACGACGACAUGGACAGCCCCUCUCGCCAUACCCGAUCCAAAUCGAGCGCAACUGCACGAGCAGACGAAAUCGCUCCUGCAAAGAGAUCAAUACGUAUCACGCUGCACCACAACGAGGACGCUCUAAGGCAACGGAAGGCAGCGAAAAAGGCCCAAUCGUCAAAGACCAACUCCAUCUCGUCCGAGACUGCCGCGUCCCUAAAGUCUCCUACUGGCCCGGCAACCGCAUCUUCGAAACAAUUGACCAAGUUCCCACGAGCGCCCCAACCCCCGCGUCCCUUGGUACCUCGCCGCCAGCCGUCGUAUUCCGCGAAAGGCGUAUCCGCCGUCGGGCCACACCAAAAGACGCUGAUCAUAGAUCUCGAUGAGACACUGAUUCACAGCAUAGUCAAUGGCGGUCGCUUCCAGACUGGCCACAUGGUAGAAGUGAAGCUCCAGGCAUCGGUUGGCGCGGAUGGACAAGUUAUUGGUCCACAAGUGCCGCUUCUAUACUAUGUUCACAAACGGCCGUAUUGCGACGACUUCUUGAAAAAGGUCAGUAAAUGGUACAACCUGAUUAUAUUCACCGCUUCGGUACAGGAGUAUGCAGAUCCCGUCAUCGACUGGCUGGAGGUGGAGCGCAAGUACUUUGCAGGAAGAUACUAUCGACAGCACUGCACUGUUCGCAACGGGGCUUACAUCAAAGAUCUUGCUCAGGUUGAGCCCGAUCUCAGCAAGGUCAUGAUUCUUGAUAACAGCCCCUUGAGCUACGUUUUCCAUCCAGACAAUGCCAUUCCCAUCGAGGGCUGGAUUAGCGACCCAACAGACCACGAUCUGCUGCACCUUAUCCCGUUGCUUGAAGGCUUGCACUUAGACCAUCCACUCUUUGAUGAAGCCGUAGAAGCAAUACGCAACACCAUACUGCAGGAACAUUAUCAGCAUUUCCAUCAUGACGUUAGUACAUCGCGUCUGCUGGAUGAGUUACAUCGUGUUUCCGCUAGCAACGGGUUGGCAGAUCGAAGACUAGUUGUUUGCAGUCGAAAGUUCACAUUAUUCAUUCGCACUUUUACAUCCUACUUCAACGUUCUUAGCACAUGCGUAGAAGUACAGGCAGCAUGGACGGGUUACUUGUGGGGAACUGUCCGAUUGGUAUUCAAGAUGAGCAGCAACUGCGCGCUUUUCCUAGAGAAGAUUGCCGACAUGCUUGAGGCUAUUGUGCAAAUCACGCCUCCUUACCAACAGGUCUACGAUAUCUGCAAACGCAACGGUUCCGAGGCUCAUGGCCAAGCCGAAGAUUAUCAUUUAGCAACACUUUUGUCUUAUGUAUAUGUGGAUUUUGUGCAGCUAUUCUUGGAGCUGUAUCGAAUCUUUUGCCGGGGACCACAAGGCGCUGAAUUGCAUUCUCUCACGUUCGGUGAGACACGGUCGGCGCAAUGGCGGCCACUCGACUCUCGCUUUGUCCACAUAGAAACCCGAAUAGAACACCACAGGAGGUGGCUAGAGAAAGAGACCGAGAACCAGUUUCAAUACUACGCGGAUAUAUCACAGCACCGUAGAAGUUAUCUCGACUUCCUACAUCGACAAACUGGUGCAAAUCGCAACAACCAGGUAGAACAAGAGGGACAGCGACUAGCGAAGCGGUUGAGAAGAGUUGAAAAGGUGCAAAGCUGGCUGUCAACUUCAACCUCGUUUGUCAUAAAGCCUUACGACUUUCACCAACCUUACCAGGACUCCUGUGCGUGGUUCUUACAUGCUCCAGCGUAUACCAAAUGGCGAGACCAGCAAUUUGAUCGAAGUAUGGCAAAUGAUCAGGAUGCUAUAGUUGGUAACUGGCAACAACGAGUGUUGUUCGUACAGGCAAAAGCCGGCUUCGGCAAGACCGUCAUCUCACAAUCGGUUGUGAGCAAUCUGGCUGGUGAGGCAGAAGACCCUGACCUAUGCGAUGAGCCUCCUGCGACCGCAUACCACCAUUUUAGUAAUCUUCUUUCCGAGGACAAUCGGCCUGAAGACGCAUUUCGGACCAUGUCAUGUCAGUUGCUCCAGACACAUCGAUACGAUCGCUCCACCCUGGAUGCUGUCAGCCUUCUGUUGCGCAAAACUUCGUUUCGAGAGCAUGCCACUACUGAUGAGGUGCUGGAUGUUCUCUUGCUUCUACUUCGACAACACCCCACCUUCAUUGUAGUUGAUGGCAUUGAUGAGUGUAGCGACACUGAGAUGCUCCUUGCCUCUUUAGCAAGACUCUGUCGCGGUUCCGAUACAAGAGUCAUCAUAUUCAGCAGGCCGAAUUUGAGGAUACCUCUCGAGUACCAGAAGUGGGCUUCAGAUGCUCCCCACAUCCUCCCACUUACCAACAAGCACAACGCCGUUGCCAUAGAUGGCCUCGUGGUACCAGAAAUGAAUCGUCUAGCAGACCAAGGCUUCUUCGGAAUCUCCAUGGAUCGAGUGCUCAUCUCGGAAGUCGCGAAUAUAGCAGAUGGCGACUUUUCAUGGGCCAGCACGUUGAUGAGGUUCCUUCAGUCGCCGCUGCUGUCGUCAGAAGAGCGGCUUGAUAUCUUACAGGGCAUACGUUCACUGCAGGGUCUAGAAUCACUCUUUCGUGUCGUGUUUGACGCAUUGGCACGUCAUCCACUGACCGAAAAGCGCAUCAUUACUGACACGUUCCGGUGGUUAUCUUUCCCAAUCAACCGCAUGUGUCCGGGGGCACUGCAUGCCGCUCUAAGCACAUACAACCCUAACGUGUCCGAUGGUUCGCAUACGACCGAUAUUAUGCAAGCCUUACCGGAACUCACAUGUGGUCUUCUUCGCGUUGUCAAUGAUGACAUUGCCUUCGCCCACGAAACCAUACGCGACUACCUCCAUGAUCCAGUGUCUCAAGACUCGGAGUUCAGUCUCUGCGACGAGAGUAGCGUGCAUGCCCAUCUUGCUUCGCGUUGUCUAACCUACCUCGCCCACGAUAUCCCGAAACGUCCUCUCGGUGCCUUACAGCCUCAUAACGCAGCCAGGCCACCCGUUAUACCUACGAGCAGCGGCUCAAGUCAACGAACAAGCGCAUCAGGAGACAGUGGAUACAAAUCUUUAUCUUCAUUGGAUGGAGAUACCAACACACACGCUGCACCGACUAUAUCAACUCAACACAACAGCUCUCGGGCGAAUAGCAUACGCAUUGUACCUUUUGACACUCACCUCCCUUUUCUUCGCUACACAGCUCUCUGCUGGCCCAUACAUCUAAGCCGCGCUCUAUCCCCAUCAUCUCACUACACCACAACCUCUCCUGCUGACACACUUGCCUACCUACCCGCACUCAGCGCCUUCUUAGCUUCCCGUCUUGCAGUCACUGCAUGGGUUGAGGCUUCUUUCCGCUACAACUUGCCUCCUACACUCACACGUCUCGUUGGUCCGUUGUCGGAUUUGAAAGGCGAGAUAUCACCGGCGACCGUGGAAGGUAAGGAAUUAAGAUUGGUGGUGAACGAGAUUAGAGGUUUGAGUGAGAGACUAGUGGACUUGAAGAAGGAACAUGAGGGUGUUAUGAGAGUGAAUCCGAGUUUGAUUUGGCAGAUGGACGAGCCGGGUGCGGAUGCGUAUUGGCCUGUUUGGGAGGAGAUUGUUGCGAAUACGAGUGGGCGGUGA